AUGGGGAGACUGCUGCUGUGCGCUGGGCUGGUUCUUGUGCUGCAGCUCCACGCUGGUGCUGCCCACAAACUGGUGUGUUAUUUCACCAACUGGGCACACAAUCGACCUGGCCCCGCCUCAGUCUGGCCCCGUGACCUGGACCCCUUUCUCUGCACACACCUGAUAUUUGCCUUUGCUUCAAUGAAUGACAAUCAGAUGGUGGCUAAGGACCUCCAGGAUGAGAAAAUUCUCUACCCAGAGUUCAACAGGCUCAAGGAGAGGAACCGGGAGCUGAAAACUCUGCUGUCCAUCGGAGGCUGGAACUUUGGCACAUCAAGGUUCACCGCCAUGCUGGCCACAGCCGCCACCCGGGAGAGGUUUAUCGGCUCAGUUAUAUCCCUCCUGAGGACACACGGCUUCGAUGGUCUGGACCUCUGCUUCCUGUACCCGGGACUGAGAGGCAGUCCCAUGCAUGACCGGUGGAAUUUCCUCUUCUUAAUUCAAGAGCUGCUGUCGGCCUUCCAGAAGGAGGCGCAGCUCACUGUGCGUCCGAGGCUGCUGCUGUCCGCGGCCGUCUCUGGGGACCCACACGUCAUCCAAACAGCUUAUGAUGUGCCCCGCCUAGGAAGACUCCUCGACUUCAUCAACGUCCUGACUUACGACUUACAUGGAAGCUGGGAAAAGUUCACAGGACACAACAGCCCCCUGUACUCUCUGGCUGGAGACCCCAAAUCUUCGGCAAACGCCAUGAACUACUGGCGAGGGCAAGGGGCCCCCUCGGAGAAGCUCCUCUUGGGGUUCCCCACCUACGGACGCACGUUUCGCCUCCUCCAAGCCUCUAAGAACUGGCUACAGGCUGAAGCGGUGGGACCGGCAUCUCCGGGGAAGUACACCAAGCAACCUGGCUUCUUGGCUUAUUACGAGAUUUGCUCCUUUCUCCAGGGAGCGAAGAAGUGGUGGAUUGAUCAUCAGUACGUCCCUUAUGCCUCCAAGGGGGAGGAGUGGGUUGGCUAUGAUGACGCCACCAGCUUCAGAUACAAGGCAUUGUACAUAAAGAGAGAGCACCUUGGCGGGGCCAUGGUGUGGACCUUGGACCUGGAUGACGUCAGGGGCGCUUUCUGUGGCACUGGCCCUUUCCCCCUCGUCUCUGUGUUAAAGCGCCUCCUGCUGCAGGCUGAGUCCAGCUCAACUCAUUCACCAAAAUUUUGGCUCUCAUCUGCUGUGAAUUCUUCAAGAACUGGCCCUGGAAGGCUGACUGAGACCAAGGCACUGAUCGUUGAUGCAGGGGGUUUGCUCCCAGGAGGGGUGAAUGUGACCAAGGCGCUGACCACCGAUUCGGGGGGUUCGCUCCCAGGAGGAGAGGGCGUGGCCACUGAGACACAGAGAAAGACUGAACAUAUGACCACACCCCCCAGGGGCGGGACUGUGAGCCCUGCCAGGGGAACGGUGCCCUUUGUAAGGCCUCCUGUAGUUCUACAAGGGAAGACUGGGACCCCUGGGGAGAAGACCGUGGCCCCUGGGACCCCUGAGUAG